CCUGCCACCUUCAUCAGCCUGGAGGAGCAGGAUCCCGGAGGCUGCAGCAGCAGGGAGCUGAUGGUGGAGCAGGCCAGGGCUGCCUGCAGGUGCAGCCUGGGCAGGGCGCUGCGCCGGCUGCUGCCCGUGCUGGUGUGGCUGCCCCAGUACAGCCCCCGCUCCCAGCUGCUGGGGGACGUGGUCUCGGGGCUCCUGGUGGGCGUGGUGGCCAUCCCCCAGUCCAUCUCCUACUCCCUGCUGGCCAACCAGGACCCCAUCUACGGCAUCUACACCAACUUCUUCUGCAACAUCAUCUACGCGGCCACGGCCACGUCGCGCCACGCCAGCGUGGGCUCCUUCGGGGUGCUGUGCCUCAUGGUGGGCCAGUCGGUGACACGCCACCUGCAGCUGGCAGGCUACGGGGACAGCGGUGCUGCCCUCGGGGACAACUCCAGCUCCCCCAGGAACGGGACGGAGCCCUGUGACCGCAGCUGCUACGCCAUCACCGUGGCCCUGUCGCUGAGCUUUCUGGUGGGCCUCUACCAGAUCCUGCUGGGGGUUUUACAGAUGGGCUUCGUGGCUGUCUACCUGUCAGAGCCCCUGCUGGGUGGCUUCGUGACAGGCUCCAGCCUCACCAUCAUCACCUCCCAGAUGAAGUAUCUGCUGGGCCUGAAAAUCCCCCGUCACGAGGGCGUGGGCUCCUUCAUCCUCACCUGGGUGGACCUCUUCAGGCACAUCCACAACACCAACAUCUGCGACCUGCUCACCAGCCUGGUGGCUUUGGCCGUCAUAGUGCCCGUCAAGGAGCUCAACGAGCGCUACAAGGGGAGGAUGAAGGCCCCGUUCCCCAUCGAGCUGCUGGUGGUCGUCGUCGCCACCCUCAUCUCCCACUACUUUGACUUCCAGCAGCGCUACAAGGCCGCUGUGUGCGGGGUCAUCCCCACGGGCUUCAGGAAGCCCACCGUCCCAGACUUCAGCCUCUUCCCCAGCCUGGCACUGGAUGCUCUGCCCAUCGCUGUCAUCGGCUUUGCCAUGACCGUGUCCCUGGCAGAAAUCUUUGGCAAAAAGCACGGCUACGCCGUCAGCGCCAACCAGGAGAUGAUCGCCAUCGGCCUGUGCAACCUCAUCCCCUCCUUCUUCUACUGCUUUGCCAGCUCUGCUGCCCUGACCAAGACUCUGCUGAAGGAGUCCACAGGGAGCCAGACCCAGGUGUCCGGGCUGGUCACCUCGCUGGUGCUGCUGCUGGUGCUGCUGUGGAUCUCCCCGCUCUUCUACUCGCUGCAGACCUCCAUCCUCGGCGUGGUCACCAUCGUCAACCUGCGCGGCGGCCUCAGGAAGUUCCGCGACGCCCGCAGGAUGUGGCAGCUCAGCAAGCUGGACACGGUGGUGUGGUGGACAACCAUGCUGUGCUCCACGCUGGUCACCACGGAGAUCGGGCUGCUGGUGGGCGUUUGCUUCGCCCUGCUCUGCAUCAUCUUCCGCACGCAGCGGCCGCGCGCCACGCUGCUGGGCAAGGUCAGCGGCAGGGAGGUCUACGAGGACCAGGCCGCCUACAAGCAGCUCAGCAGCAUCGCCAACGUCAAAAUCUUCCGCUUCGAGUGCUCCCUCUACUACGCCAACAAGGAUUACUUCAAGGCCGUGCUGUACCAGAAAACGGGGGUCAACCCCGUGCUGCUGGCUGCCAGCCGCCCCCGCCCGCGGGCACAGCCCGGCCCGGAGCCGGGCAGCAGCAGGAGCUGCUGGCCCACCAGCUGUGGCUGCCUCAAACAGGCUGGCAGCAGGGCCGAGAGGCCUCCAGGAGAUGCCCGUCCGCCCUCCACAGACAUGCACACCCUGAUCCUGGACUGCGGGGCCAUGCAGUUCAUAGACACCGUGGGGCUCUCGGUGCUCAAGGAGACACAGCACGACUACAAGGAGGUGGGCGUCCAGGUGCUCCUGGCCAACUGCAACCCCUCCAUCCGCCAGCGGCUGCGGGAGGGAGGCUGGGCUGGCCGGCCGGGGGGCGCUGGGGGCCAGCUGGCCUUCCACAGCAUCCACGAUGCCGUGCAGUUUGCUGAGCGCUGGCACCGGGGGGACAGCAAGGACACUCAGGCUGCUCUCCCGGAGCCCGAAGAACAGACCUUCCAGGUGGCUCUGUAGCCCUGGGUGCCAGGAGAGGGGAGCACGGGCGGUGUUUGUGCCCUCGGAGCGAGCAGGAGGGGCUGGGAUGCUCUGCCAGAGGGGCAGAGGUGGGGAGGGCUUGGGGGGCUGAACUCGGGAUGGGGCAGAGGUGGGAAGAGUUUGGGGAGAGAUGAGCUCGGGAUGGACAGAGUGGGAAAGGUUUGGGGGGGCUGAGCUCAGGAUGGGACAGAGGUGGGAAAGGUUUUUUGGGGAUGAGCUCGGGAUGGGGCAGAGGUGGGAAAGGUUUGGGGGGGCUGAGCUUGGGAUAGGACAGAGGUAGGAAGUGUUUUCUGGGGAGGCUGAGCUUGGAAGAUUCUCGGGGUGGAGCAGAGGUGGGAAGGGUUUUUUGGGGCUGAGCUGGGGAUGGGGCAGAGGUGGGAAGAGUUUGGGGAGAGAGGAGCUCGGGAUGGAGCAGAGGUGGCAAGGGAUUGGGGGGGCUGAGCUCGGGAUGGGACAGAGGUGGGAAAGGUUUGGGGGGGCUGAGAUUGGAAGAUUCUCGGGAUGGAGCAGAGGUGGGAAGGGUUUUUUGGGGCUGAGCUGGGGACGGACAGAGGUGGGAAAG